GCACCUGUCGCCGACGCACCGGCUCAGUCGUACACCGACCACUGACAAAGCAGCUCGCGCCAUGACAGCUUUGUCUCAAAUAAAUUCGUCGCGAGUGUCGUAACUUUAAGAUUUUUUUGUGAACAUUACUAUGGAUAUGAUACUCCUAAGUGCUGUAUUAGUGCUGCUGCAAGGAUACGCAGCAGCGACGUGUCGAUUCCCCGGCGCGCCGGCGCAUUCCCGCGUGGAUUUCUCCGAUGAGAAUUUGUCGGAAGGAACUGUUGCCACCUACACUUGCGAGCGCGGCUUCGAGCUACUCGGCCCUGCUAGGAGGAUAUGUGCACACGAUGGAACAUGGAACCCAGACGGCAUCCCAUUUUGCGUAUUAAACGUAGCGGCUGGAAAGGCGCCAAUGCAGAUCUCCACUGAGGAAGGUGGCGCUCCGCAGCGGGCGCUAGAUGGCAGUACUUCCGCGGUGUUCAGUGCUGAGACCUGUACCCUCACAAAGACCGAGCGCGUACCUUGGUGGUACGUCAACCUGCUGGAACCAUACAUGGUUCAGCUAGUCAGAUUGGACUUUGGCAAGCCUUGUUGUGGCGCCAAUAAGCCAGCUGUAAUUGUUGUCAGGGUUGGCAACAAUCGUCCAGAUUUAGGAACAAAUCCGAUAUGCAACAGAUUCACCGGCUUCCUCGAGGAAGGGCAACCUCUGUUCCUACCCUGCAACCCUCCGAUGCCUGGAGCGUUCGUAAGCGUUCACUUAGAAGGUGCAGCUCCUAGCCAGCUGUCUAUCUGCGAAGCGUUUGUAUACACUGACCAGGCACUGCCGAUAGAGAGAUGUCCCCAGUUCCGAGAUCAGCCGCCUGGCAGUACGGCAACGUACAAUGGCAAAUGCUACAUAUUCUAUGAUCAGCAGCCGUCAAACUUCAGGGACUCACUAGCGUUCUGUAGAUCAAGAGGAGGAACGCUUGUUGACGAAAGCAAUCCAGCGCUACAAGGUUUCAUUAGCUGGGAACUGUGGCGUAGGCACCGAAGUGACAGUAGCAGCCAGUAUUGGAUGGGAGACGGCGAGCGGCGGGAAGGUGCUCGCCUUAACAUUGGAUCUAUAAUCGCGCUCGGCUCCUUCGGCGCACUCGUCUUCCUCAUCGCCUUAAUAACUACCAUAGUCAUCCUGUUUAGGAGCAGGAAACACAACCACGGAAAGAGGUACAGGCACCACGUGUCCCCGGAUUGUAACACGGUGGCGUCGCUCGACUCGUCCUCGUCGGAGUCCCGCAGCGGCCUCAACCGGUACUACCGACAGGCGUGGGAGGAGCUACACGAGGCCGCCGGCGCCAAGCACGGCCAUAGACGACACGAACGAGAAACUCCGAAAGACGGCUCUGAACUGGUGGUGGCCGAUGUCUGCCCCGCGCCACACUCGCGGGAACAGAGGAGGCAUCACCACCACCAUCGCCGCGACUGGGCCCCCCCCUCGCACCGUCCCCACCACAACCACAAACCUAGACAUUAACAUUAUUAUUCAAAAACUGUAUCCUUCAAUACACAAAGCGUAUUGUAAGUUAUAUUCUAGGCAUUUUAAUUUAAUAUCUAAUUUAUUGAAAAACUUUCAGGUCGUUAAGGUUUAAUGUAAUCUCAGGGUUUACCAACCACUAUACUAAAUCUAUAUUUCUCUUUGUCAAUUUAUUUACUGAUUUAGUUAGUUCAUGAAGUAUCGUGAUAGUGGACAGAUGUGCUCAUCAGUUGCAGUACUUUAUCAAAUUAUAUUCUUCCGCUUUUGAACUAUGAUUACCUUGAUCUUUUCUUAUGUGUUUUUAUUUAUAUAUUUAUCAAAGUCUUAAAUUCAUACAGUCUUAUUUAGUAUUAGUUUUUUCGAAAUAAAAACAACGAUAAAAUGUAAAUAAUUUUAUUAGAUUUAUAAGAUUAGAUUGAAGUUAAUCAUUGCUAAUGCUCUGUACUUUGUGUUCUGUUCAAAAUAUGUUAUUUUUUUCGAAACCUCUUAAAUUAUUUUAUUAUAAGACUUUAUAGACUUGGAAGUCCUUAGAUUAAACAUGAUAAAUAAAGAAUAAAUUUGUUGCAAACUGGUUCGGUAUUUCUGUUUGCAGCAAAAUUUAAAGAAUUCCAGCUACGAACUGAAAAAUACUAUUUAAAUUUAGGAAUAAAUAAAAAAGAUUAAGGCGGUCUUCAAUAAAAUGUGAAAUAGAUUAUGCGAUAUCAAUUAAACCGCUAAUAGCUACUGUUUAAUUGGUACAAAAUUAAUAUUUAGUACAACUAUUGGGACAAAAUCAAAUAAAAAAAAUGUGCCAUUAGACAGGCCGAGACAAAAGGGAUCAUGUAAUAAAUCAUCAAAAAUGUAAAUAUUAAAAAAACAUCACUCUCAUAAUGUACAAAAUAUUCUAGCUGGGUCCUCAUCUUGCACGUUUAAUCAACCAUUAAAAAUCCUUUUCUAAUAAUUGUACGUUGUGCGAAAUUUUGUUUUUAUAACAUUACCAGAAUUAAAAGUAUUAUGUGUAAGUAUAUAAUGUAUUCUAGAAUAAAUUAUUGU